GUUGUCCAGCGUUUCCAGGAGUUGUUUGCUCAAACCAAGUAUAAGGAGGCUGCUGAGCUUGCUGCAGAGUCCCCACAAGGCAUCCUCCGUACACCUGAUACCGUCGCCAAAUUUCAGAGUGUCCCUGUUCAAGCUGGGCAAACGCCACCUUUGUUGCAGUACUUUGGAACUCUUCUGACUAGAGGAAAGCUUAAUGCAUUUGAGUCAUUGGAACUAUCUCGUCUUGUUGUGAAUCAGAACAAGAAAAAUCUUCUGGAAAACUGGUUGGCUGAGGACAAGUUGGAAUGUAGCGAGGAGCUUGGAGACCUUGUGAAGACUGUGGACAAUGACCUUGCCUUGAAAAUAUAUAUUAAAGCCAGAGCAACUCCAAAAGUGGUUGCUGCUUUUGCUGAGCGAAGGGAGUUUGAUAAAAUUUUGAUAUACUCCAAGCAGGUUGGAUAUUCACCUGAUUAUUUAUUCCUUCUGCAAACGAUUCUUCGAUCAGAUCCCCAGGGAGCGGUUAAUUUUGCCCUCAUGAUGUCCCAAAUGGAGGGAGGUUGUCCAGUUGAUUACAACACAAUAACAGAUCUAUUUCUUCAGAGGAACUUGAUCCGCGAAGCAACAGCAUUUUUGUUGGAUGUUUUGAAGCCUAAUCUGUCAGAACACGCAUUCCUGCAGACUAAGGUCCUGGAAAUCAAUCUUGUAACUUUUCCUAACGUUGCCGAUGCUAUAUUAGCAAAUGGAAUGUUCAGUCAUUAUGAUCGUCCUCGAAUUGCUCAACUUUGUGAAAAAGCUGGUCUCUAUGUGCGAGCUCUUCAGCACUACUCUGAACUGCCAGAUCUCAAACGUGUCAUUGUGAAUACUCAUGCAAUUGAGCCACAGUCUCUUGUGGAAUUCUUUGGGACUCUUUCACGGGAGUGGGCUCUGGAGUGCAUGAAGGACCUCUUACUGGUCAAUCUAAGAGGCAACCUUCAGAUAAUUGUGCAGGUUGCCAAAGAAUACUGUGAGCAGUUGGGUGUUGAUGCCUGUAUAAAGCUCUUUGAGCAAUUUAAGUCAUACGAAGGAUUAUACUUCUUUUUGGGGUCAUAUUUGAGCUCGAGUGAGGAUCCUGACAUCCACUUUAAGUACAUUGAGGCAGCUGCCAAGACUGGACAGAUAAAGGAGGUUGAGCGGGUGACAAGAGAAUCAAAUUUUUAUGACCCUGAAAAGACAAAGAACUUCUUAAUGGAAGCCAAGCUUCCGGACGCUAGGCCUCUAAUUAAUGUAUGUGAUCGCUUUGGAUUCGUUCCAGACCUCACUCACUAUCUAUAUUCAAGCAACAUGCUCCGAUACAUUGAAGGUUAUGUUCAAAAGGUUAACCCAGGAAAUGCUCCCCUAGUUGUGGGGCAGCUGCUGGAUGAUGAAUGUCCUGAAGAUUUCAUUAAAGGCCUGAUUCUAUCUGUCCGUUCUCUGCUUCCUGUUGAGCCCCUUGUGGAGGAGUGUGAGAAACGGAAUCGUCUCCGAUUACUUACUCAGUUUUUGGAGCAUCUUGUGAGUGAGGGAAGCCAAGAUGUACAUGUUCACAAUGCUCUUGGAAAAAUCAUAAUAGAUAGUAACAACAAUCCUGAGCACUUCCUCACCACCAACCCAUAUUAUGAUUCACGUGUUGUUGGUAAAUAUUGUGAGAAGCGUGAUCCGACCCUUGCUGUUGUUGCAUAUCGCAGAGGGCAGUGCGAUGAUGAACUUAUAAAUGUAACAAAUAAGAACUCUUUAUUCAAACUACAAGCCAGGUAUGUAGUUGAAAGGAUGGAUGCUGAUCUCUGGGAAAAAGUUCUUAACCCUGAAAAUGAAUACAGAAGGCAGCUCAUUGAUCAAGUUGUUUCUACUGCUUUGCCUGAAAGCAAGAGCCCAGAACAAGUUUCUGCGGCUGUUAAAGCUUUCAUGACAGCUGAUCUUCCGCAUGAGCUAAUUGAGCUUCUUGAAAAGAUUGUGCUCCAAAACUCUGCAUUCAGUGGGAACUUCAAUCUGCAAAACUUGCUUAUCUUGACAGCCAUCAAGGCAGAUCCAUCCAGAGUUAUGGAUUACAUUAAUAGGCUAGACAACUUUGAUGGACCUGCUGUUGGGGAAGUGGCUGUGGAAGCCCAAUUGUAUGAGGAAGCUUUUGCAAUUUUCAAGAAAUUUAACUUGAAUGUACAGGCUGUCAAUGUUUUAUUGGAUAGCAUCCAAGACAUCAACCGGGCUGUGGAGUUUGCAUUCCGUGUUGAAGAAGAUGCUGUUUGGAGUCAGGUGGCUAAAGCUCAACUCAGGGAGGGAUUAGUGAGUGACGCAAUCGAGUCAUUUAUUCGUGCUGAUGAUGCUACUCAAUUCUUAGAUGUAAUUCGUGCUGCUGGGGAUGCAGAUGUUUACCAUGACUUGGUGAGAUACUUACUGAUGGUUAGACAGAAGGCUAAGGAGCCUAAAGUGGAUAGUGAGCUCAUCUAUGCAUAUGCAAAGAUCGAUAGGCUGGGUGACAUUGAAGAAUUUAUUCUCAUGCCAAAUGUUGCAAAUCUCCCCAAUGUUGGUGAUCGCUUGUAUGACGAAGCACUAUAUGAAGCUGCAAAGAUAAUAUUUGCUUUUAUUUCUAACUGGGCCAAGUUGGCAUGCACACUUGUAAAGCUUAAACAAUUUCAAGGUGCUGUUGAUGCAGCAAGAAAAGCAAAUAGCUCAAAGACAUGGAAAGAAGUAUGCUUUGCUUGUGUUGAUGCUGAGGAGUUCCGCUUGGCUCAGAUAUGUGGGCUCAACAUUAUUGUACAGGUGGAUGACUUGGAAGAGGUUAGUGAAUAUUACCAAAACAGGGGAUGCUUCAAUGAACUUAUUUCUCUUAUGGAGAGUGGAUUAGGAUUGGAACGGGCGCACAUGGGCAUCUUUACUGAGUUGGGUGUCCUUUAUGCCAGAUACCGUUACGAGAAGCUUAUGGAGCAUAUUAAACUAUUUUCAACCCGUCUCAACAUCCCAAAGCUUAUCCGAGCUUGUGAUGAACAACAGCACUGGAAGGAGCUCACAUAUUUGUAUAUUCAAUAUGAUGAAUUUGAUAAUGCUGCCACAACUGUCAUGAAUCAUUCCCCAGAUGCAUGGGAUCACAUGCAGUUCAAGGAUAUUGUUGUUAAAGUUGCUAAUGUGGAGUUAUAUUACAAGGCCGUGCAUUUCUACUUACAAGAGCAUCCUGAUCUUAUCAACGAUCUUCUUAAUGUCCUUGCGCUUCGUGUGGAUCAUACACGUGUGGUGGACAUAAUGAGGAAGGCGGGUCACUUGCGGCUGGUGAAGCCAUACAUGGUUGCAGUUCAGAGCAACAAUGUGGCCGCUGUGAAUGAGGCUCUGAAUGAGAUCUAUGUUGAGGAGGAGGACUAUGACAGACUGCAUGAAUCAAUUGAUUUGCAUGAUAACUUUGAUCAGAUUGGCCUGGCACAAAAGAUUGAGAAACAUGAGCUUCUUGAGAUGAGACGUGUUGCUGCUUAUAUUUACAAGAAAGCUGGUAGGUGGAAGCAGUCCAUCGCAUUGUCGAAGAAAGACAACCUAUACAAAGAUGCCAUGGAGACAGCCUCACAAUCUGGAGAUCGUGAACUUGCCGAGGAGUUACUUGUGUAUUUCAUUGAACAGGGGAAGAAGGAAUGUUUUGCAUCUUGCCUCUUCGUAUGUUAUGAUUUGAUUCGUGUGGAUGUUGCUCUUGAACUUGCCUGGAUGAACAACAUGAUUGACUUUGCCUUCCCAUACCUGUUGCAGAGACCACUAUGCGCGUAUGAUGGCCGUUGUGCUGUUGUGGCAUUUGCGGAAUCAGGAAUCUUCACUGGAUGUAUGAUUGAUGGCCAAUACUUGAUACCUUUACUCCUUGCAUCUUGUGACUUGGCAGAGCUGAGUUUGCUCUUUAUCCGUGAGUACACCGGCAAAGUUGAUGAACUAAUCAAGGACAAACUAGAGGCUAUCAGCGAAGUGAAGGCUAAAGAGAAUGAAGAGAAGGACAUUAUGAAACAGCAGAACAUGUAUGCUCAGUUGCUGCCUCUUGCAUUGCCUGCACCGCCAAUGCCGGGUAUGGGAGGAGCAGGGAUGGGAGGAGGUUUUGCUCCACCACCACCAAUGGGCGGAAUGGGGAUGCCCCCAAUGCCACCCUUUGGCAUGCCACCGAUGGGCUCAUACUGA